CCGUCUUUCGUUAUCCGCGUUCGCAUUGUCCAUGCCUCGAUAACAGCGCCCUCGACGCGACCUCUCCCGCCUGCACCGCCGUAGCUCCUCGCCUACCACACCGCCCUCCUCUCCAUCGAUAUCCACCAUGGACUCCGACCACAUGGCGCCCUCGACGGGCGCGCACAGCCUGGUCGGCGGCACCGCGUCGCAACCCAAAAAGGUCGCAUACUUCUACGACUCGGACGUCGGCAACUACGCCUACGUGGCGGGGCACCCUAUGAAGCCGCACCGCAUUCGCAUGGCCCACAGCCUGAUUAUGAACUACGGCCUGUACACCAAGAUGGAGAUUUACCGCGCCAAGCCCGCCUCCAAGUACGAAAUGACGCAGUUCCACACGGACGAGUACAUUGACUUCCUCCACAAGGUCACCCCCGACAACAUGGACAGCUUCGCAAAGGAGCAGAGCAAGUACAAUGUCGGCGAUGACUGUCCCGUCUUUGACGGGCUGUUUGAGUUCUGCGGCAUCAGCGCCGGCGGCACAAUGGAGGGCGCCGCGCGUCUGAACCGGGGAAAGUGCGAUGUCGCUGUCAACUGGGCCGGCGGGCUGCACCACGCCAAGAAGAGCGAGGCCAGUGGCUUCUGCUACGUUAACGACAUUGUGCUGGGCAUCAUCGAGCUGCUUCGCUACAAGCAGCGCGUUCUCUACAUCGACAUUGACGUCCACCACGGCGAUGGCGUCGAGGAGGCCUUCUACACCACCGACCGCGUCAUGACGGUCUCGUUCCACAAGUACGGAGAGUACUUCCCCGGUACCGGUGAGCUUCGCGACAUUGGCGUAGGCGCCGGCAAGAACUACUCGGUCAACUUUCCUCUGCGCGACGGCAUCGACGACGAGGCCUACAGGGCCAUGUUCGAGCCGACCAUCGAGGCCGUCAUGACGCACUACGGCCCCGAGGCCAUUGUGCUCCAGUGCGGUGGUGACAGUCUGUCCGGAGACAGGCUGGGUUGCUUCAACCUAAGCAUGGCGGGCCACGCCAACUGCGUCAAGUACGUCAAGAGCUUCGGCGUGCCGGUCAUUGUGCUCGGCGGCGGCGGUUACACCAUGAGGAACGUUGCCCGGACAUGGGCGUACGAGACUGGCGAGCUGGUGGGAGAGCAAAUGUCGAAGCAGCUGCCCUUUAACGACUACUACGAGUACUUUGCCCCCGACUACGAGCUCGACGUCCGCCCGUCGAACAUGGAGAAUGCCAACUCGCACGACUACUUGCACAAGAUCAAGUCGACCGUCAUCGACAACAUUCGCCGAACAGGCCGGCCUUCUGUAGAGGCCUUUACCAACAUUCCAAACAACCCACUGACACGCGACGACGAAGACUCUGACAUUGACGACGAUGAGGACGCCGACAACAACCCUGACGUGCGCUCGACAGAGCGUCGCCAGGAUCGUCGCAUUGCCAACCCCGCCGACUACGACGAUGACAGCGAGGACGACGAGUACCGGGCCAGCAUGGGCAUCCGAGACCAGCCCGGGAGGGACAAGUCACGGAACAUUACUGCCCACGUGAACCCGGACGCCGCGAAGCCUGACGCGCUCGACAAGCUCGCGGGUCUGGACGAUCUCAACGACGACAGCGCGCUGUCUACACGGCAGACGUCGCCAGCAGGCUCCCGGACGCCCGCCGUUGCAGACGAAGAGGACGGUGAUGUUGACAUGGACGAAGCAGAGCCGGCUGAGCCGGCUGAGCCGGCUGAGACGGCUGCUGCGCCCGAAGCCGGUUCGACCGACUCGCACUCUCCCUCCAACAAUCUGACACCGCCAGAAUCACCCACCGGCGCCGGCGUCCCUGCGCCAGAUGUCGAGAUGGAAGGCACCGAUGAGGCCGCAAAGGCGGAUGUUGCUGAAGAGAAGCAGGCUGAAGAGAAGCAGCAAGGCGAAGCCGAGCGCGACUCUGAAAACGCAAAGGGCGAGGUCCGCACAGAGGUCGCCAAAGACAGCUGAGGAAGCAGGCAUCUGCUCUUCCUCGUAGAGGAGCAUUCUUCUGGCGUUUUGCGUUGCGGUGUCUCUUCACAGCCCACGGGCUGUGUAGUGUUAUGUGUUAUGACAUGGGAGUGGUUUUUGGAUACCUCACUAUUGACAGCUAUGAAUGGCAAUAUCAUUACUUGCU